AUGGUAGUGCUGGGUAACGACCAACACUGGAGGAAAGUAUCGAUGGAACUGCUGGCAGUGCUGGAAAGGUUCGACAGCAAACUUUUAGAAGCUUCAUUUUGCCUCCGCUUAACCAUCAAAAUGUUACUAUUUUUGUUAGCAUCGGUUCUUUUUCGUUUCGUUGGUGCUCCUGAUUCGGAUUCCUACGUGGUUAUUAAUGAACUCAAUCAGGCUCUUAAAAUAGAACUAAAUGUAUUCAUAGACUUCGAGGAUUUUGGCAGUUAUAAUACACUUUACAAUCUGGACACACCCAAACUUAAACUCACUUUGGAAUGUGAAGAUAUUAAAGAUUUUCGAAUACGUGGACGUUUUACAGAACGAACUCUAAUCAUAGUAAAACUAAAGGAUUCAGGACUAGACCCCAAUGUAGCGGACUUCCUGCCCAAUCUGUUGGACGAACUUCAUGAGCUAUAUAUUGUAUUCUUGAGCACGGAGGAACCAGUGUUUUUAAAAGAGGACCUAUUUACCUACAGCUACAAACAGGGUUUCGUUAAUGUGAUUUUGCUUCACGGCAAGGAUCUCUACGGCUAUCUACCCUAUCCAUCCAUUCAACCUAUUAAGCUCUCAAAUAUCUCCGAGUAUCUCGAUACAAGAAGGAUUAUUCGCAAUUUUCGGGGCUAUCCCAUACGCACUAUUCGAACCAAAGGAAUUCCUCGCGAUUUUGAGUAUUCCAACGACCAAAAUGAGCUGGUUCGGGCAGGAUAUGUAUUUGCGGCUGUUAAGGAGUUUACUAUUCGUUAUAAUGCUACACUUAUAAGUAAGGAAUCGCCCAAAGGAUCUAAUGUCGCUGCAUACCUUGCCAUAGCGGAAAUGCUGAGCAAAAAGGAAAUCGACAUAAUCUGCUUCUACAAGGAGUUGGGGUGGUCUGUUGCAAGCACAGAGCCUCUUUCAAUCGUCACCUCUCACCUUAUGGUGCCCCAUGCCAUACCCAUUUCCAGCUAUUUUUACUACUCGCGACCCUUCAGUUGGACUCUUUGGCUGGUCAUAGCUUCAACUGUUUUAUACGGAUCUCUGACAUUGCAUCUGAGUUCGAGAGAGAAGCAAAUCGAUGUCGGGAAGUGCCUACUGUAUAGCCUCAGCCACAUCCUCUAUACCUGCCAUGAAAAAGUUAGGAACACAGGCUGGAGAGCCAUAUCGAUUCACAUAGUUCUAACAAGCUGUGGCUUCAUACUCACCAAUCUCUAUCUGUCCACGCUGUCCAGCAUCCUGACAUCGGGAUUGUACGAACAGGAGUACGAUACACUGGAGGACCUGGCCAAAUCCCCGUUUAUCAGUCUGCACGACGAGUUCCACUGGACGUAUUAUACAACAUUUACCUUUCUGCCGGAGGCUCUCCGUAGAAACAGCAUUUCUCUAAACGUAUCUAUUGUGACGGCCUAUCGCGAUGGCCUCAACAAGAGCUAUAUGUACUGGAUAUCGGAUGAUCGAAUAGGAAUGGUCCUUAGGCAGCAGGAACUGCUCAAAAAGCCGCGCUUUUAUAAACUGAGUCAGCCAGUAGGCUACUCCCUCGAAGCCCACUGCGUGUCUAGGAGUUUACCAUACCUCGAAAUGGCCAGUCAGUUCAUGAGGCGACUCCACGAGCACGGGAUUGACAUCAAAAUGAGGGCGGACACAUUUCAGGUGCUGAUCCAGCAGGGAAUAUAUACCCUGAUGAGGGAUGAUGAGCCGCCGGCCAAGGCAUUUGACCUCGAGUUCUACUUCUUCGCCUUUGGUUUGUGGACGCUUGGAAUGGCUUUGUCUUUCGUGGUCUUUUUGGGGGAGUCUUUUUAA